AACUGUAGUUUGAUAAUAAUUCUUGCUUAGCAUCGUCGCGUUUGUGUGUUUAUACUUCGAAAUAUAUUAUAAAACAGAAGUUUGGAUAGCAACAAUAAUGGAUUUUCAUAGAAAUGCUUAUGAGGUGCAACCGCCAAUCAUAUCGCUGACGGACUAUCGAGAUCAAAGGCUAUUGAUGGGGAUGGGACGCAAGCAUACAGCUGAAAUAGACAUCACUGAUGUAGUAAUAAACGGCAACAAGCUGACGGCGAAGGUGUCUGUCACAAACCACCAUAUCCCGUAUGUUACCAAACUAUGCCGCGAGCAAGUGAUUGGCGGCGUGGUCAGUUUCCAGAUAAAGGUGGUCACAGCCAUUACCUCCGACGAGCACAGCCGCAUGACAGUGUACAAUAACUUAGUGUUCGUGAAGUUUGUCAAGCGACGACAGAAUGACGAACUCAACUACGUGAUGAAGCUCACCUCCCCAGAACUAAACGUGGAGGACCAACGGUUCACCAGUGACGACGGUACGUGGCAUUUGAUCAACGAAAGCAGGCGCCAGCAGCUUGCGUUCGACAUAACUGUACUGCUGGAGGUAGUGCCGCGCGUUAAUUCGUUCGCAUGCUUGUACGACGACGAGGAGUUGACAGACUUUGAGAUGCGCGGAAUGGACGGGUCGGUACACGUGCACCGCGCCGUGCUGGCGGCCGCCAGCCCCGUGCUGCGCCGCAUGCUGGGCGGCGUCUGGCGCGAGACCGCGGAGGGCUGCGCCGACAUGUCCAGCACCACGCGCGCCACUCUGCAGGACCUCAAAAACUAUUUAUACCUGCGCACGCUGCCCGAUACAGGGGUGGAGGAGCUGUUGCUGCUCUCAGCUUGCUACAUGAUGCCAGAACUGGAGAAACGGUGCGUGGACAAGCUAGUUUCAAACUUAACCCCGCAGAACACCGUCGAAAUGAUCGAGUUCGCGGCCAAGAACAAGAUGACGCAGCUGAUGCUGGCAGUGCUGGAUUGCGUACAGUCCAGCAUCGUCCGUGUCGCCGACAUGCGGGACUAUCUCCAGCAGCCCGAGUGAACCCGCGCUGCUACCAAGCCGGACAAGAACUACAAACAACGUAGGUACAGCGAAAGAGUAACAAUUAAAAUAAGUUAAUGUAAAAAUAUACAGGUCGUAUGCCCUAGACGGCACAAACACGA